AUGACCACCCGUGCUGCCUCAUUGGCGGCCGUUGGGCUCUCGGCUUCGGCCAUUCUCCUCGCUCUCUUCGCCGUCAACCAGAUCUUCAACGACAUCUACGACAUCCGCACCGAGCUCGACACCGAGAUCGAUGCGUUCAAGGUUCAGGCCGACUCCCUGUGGAGGGAUCUGAACAGGAUGCCCCGCAAGAAGCGUCAGGCUUAUGGAGGAUAUGGAGGAGCCGGAGCCCAGCAGCCGCCGCACUUCCCCGGUGGUGACCAGGGAUACGGACCUGGCAACUCGGGUGGCCCCAACUUCGGAGGACCUAACGGACCUGUCGGACCCGAGGGACGUGUCCCCGGACAAGUCGGAGUUCCCCCCAGCAUCACCCCCAACGGCUUCAACCACGACGGCAGCCCGUCCGCCACCCCCGAAAACCAGGGCAAGUGCAACUGCCAGGCAGACAACAAGUGCCCCGCUGGACCUCCUGGACCCAAGGGAGAGAACGGACACCAGGGACCCGACGGUCUCCCCGGUAUCCCCGGAGUCGAUGGACAGGAUGCUGAGGACCAGAAGGCCCAGACCCAGCAGCUCGACGGAUGCUUCACCUGCCCCCAGGGACCCCAGGGACCCGCUGGACCCACUGGAAAGCCCGGACCCCGUGGUAUGCGCGGAGCCCGUGGACAGGCUGCCAUGCCCGGCCGCGAUGGACAGCCCGGAUUCCCCGGAUCCAUCGGACCCAACGGCCCACCCGGACCCCAGGGAGAGGAUGGACCCCAGGGAGAGCCCGGUCUCGACACCGAGCACCAGAUCGGACUCCCCGGACUCAAGGGAGAGGCUGGACCCCCCGGAGAGCAGGGAGACAAGGGAGAGCAGGGAGAUACUGGAGCCCCAGGACCUCAGGGAACCCCCGGAGAGCGCGGACCUCGCGGACCCAAGGGAGAGGAUGGAGCUGCUGGACAGGCUGGAGAGCCCGGAGAGGAGGGAGAGCCCGGCAAGGACGCCGAGUACUGCCCCUGCCCCCGUCGCGGACAGUCGAGCCCCGUUCUCUCGGGAUCGUACUCCCAGGGAGGAGCCGCCGGAGGAUCCGAGGGAUAU